GGCAGGGAAGAGAACCGCCACCUUGUUUCUUCAAAUCAAGAACCAAGCCGAACUUUGGGCUCAGCAUUCCUCAAUACUCUCCAAGGAGGGCGUGUCUUUAAGUCACGUGACAGUACUCACAUCAUAUUUUACCUGAUGUGAACACAUUGAGGAAGUGAAUUGUCAUUUGCUCAGGUGUACAGUUGUAACAACAACGAUCGCCAGAUAAUGAACUUGCUUUUGUUAUCAAUGCUAAUUGUGCAAAUACACCGCGGACUGCCUGUGACUUACUCGCUCAAGUAUUUCCACACUGCGUCCUCUCAAGUUACAAACUUCCCAGAUUAUGUGGUCGUGGUUUACAUUGAUGACGUUGAGAUCGGUCACUAUGACAGCAACACAGGGGAAGCAGAAGCCAAACAAGAAUGGAUGAAGAACUUUACAACGGUGUAUCCAGAGCACUUUUUGUUGCAGACACAAUCAGGUAUUCGUCAUGAAAAGGAGGACAAAAAAGACUUGGAAACUUUUCAGAAGCGCUUCGACCACACUGAAGGUCUUCACAUUUACCAGAAGAUGAAAGGCUGUGAAUGGAAUGAUGAGACUGAUGAAAUCAAGAGUUGGAGACAGUCCAGUUAUGAUGGAGAAGAUUUUUUAGCAUUAGACACCAAGACAUGGACAUGGACUGCAGCAAAACCACAAGCCGUUCCCAUCAAACACACGUUGGACCAUGAUCGAGAUCUUAUGACGUACUUAAAGUUUUACCACACUGAGGUCUGCGUUCAUAACUUGAAAAAGUAUCUGAACUUUGGUAAAGACGUCCUAAUAAAAACAGAGCUUCCAGAAGUGUUUCUCCUCCAGAAGACGCCGUCCUCUCCAGUCAGCUGCUUCGCGACAGGUUUCUACCCCAGCAGUGCGGCCUUGUUUUGGAGGAAAGACGGCAAGGAUCUCCACGAGAACGUGGUGCACGGAGAAAUGCUGCCCAACCCUGAUGGAACCUUCCAGAUGACCGUGGAUCUGAAAGUGGAGGUGACGGCCGAAGUGGAGGGCAAGUACGAAUGUGUGUUUCAGCUGUCUGGUGUCAAAGAGGACCUGGUCACCAAGCUGGAGAGAAGAAGCAUCCUGAGCAACGCAAGUGAUGAAGACAACGUGAGACUUGCCUUUGUUGUCAAGGUGGCGGUCUUCAUUGCAGUGAUCCUCGCCAUCGUUUUCGCCAUACGUCACAAGAACAAACAAGGCAACUAUGAUCCAGCUGCUGGUGACGAGGAUACUCAGCGCUCAGGGAACUCAACGGAUGAAAGCAGUCGGAACACAGAUCUUUUGAGCACUGGGACACAGAGCGACCACUGAGGAGCGUGGUCACACUUGAAGACGAGAAGGAGAUGUGCUUUGCUCAUCAUCAAACUGCUCCUCGUGUUAUACGGUCUCUUUUUUUUUUAUGUUUAUGUCUUAGAAAACGAGUUACGAUCAAAUGUUUUUGCUGCCUUUGGUGGGAUCACUUGCACUGUAACACUUGGAUACUUGUAAUUAUGUUUUUUCAUUUUCCUACACAGCUCUGUAAUUCAUUGGCCAAACGCUAUGCACCUCCCAAACACUAGGGGGCGAUUCUAGCCAUUUACCCUUUGUCAACCAAGAAGGAAAU